CUCCAUCACAUUCUCAUCGCUGCUUCUUCGUGAACAAGUAAGGAUCAAUUACAUAAAUCUGUACUGUGUCAAAAUGAGGAUCCAAGUUUUGAUGAUCCUCUCUGUAAUUGCAUCGAUGUACCUCACUCCCGAGGCUCAGGUACAGAAAUACUGUGGCAGACGUCUCGCCGUGGCAGUGAGCCUUGUGUGUGAAGAAGUUGGAAACUCUGGGACUUCACAAAAAAGAUCUUCACAAUACGAAUAUGAUGAGGAUAUGUACACAGAUACUGAAGACGAUUCUGUUAACGAUACUCUCGAUGACUCUACUGGCAAUAAUAAUGAAAUGGACCACGCUAACGAUGACUUUAUCGACGAUUCUGAAGACCUCUCUUUGGACUACUCCAUCGACAACUCUGUCGACGACGACUCAUCUGUUAAAUACGAGAUCGAAGGACCAUGGAUCACUGCGCAAAAAGCACUUACCAUUGUACGAGGGAAGAGGCAAAUUGUUAGCGAAUGCUGUGAUAAACCAUGCUCUGUUGAUGAAUUGAAAACCUACUGUUAAAUCUAUAAUAUUUAACAUUUUUGGCUGCUAUAAAAUAUUUAACCAAUCUUGUAUAAUCAUGAAUUAACUUAUUGCUUACUUAUAUACUCGUGCUACUCAAAUAAAGCUUUGCAAGUUCA